ACUCAUUAAUUCACUGUUUUGUAUCAGAAGAAAACAAAGUCCGAUCGAAGAUGCUUAGGUUUUUUGUUGGGAGGAUACAAAAGGGUCUUUCACUGUUUGUGGCUAGAAGGCCUGCAUUCAGCUACUUGAGUGAAGACGGUGCCCCUAAUGAGGCACCGGAUGAUGUUAUGGAAGGUUAUUUUGCUGUUGUUGCAAUGAAGGGUAAGGAAAGAAAAAGGUUCAUUGUUGGGUUAGAUUACUUGUCUGAUCCUGCAUUCUUGGGACUGUUGGAUCAAGCUCAAGAAGAGUAUGGUUUCCGACACCAGGGAGCUCUUGCACUCCCUUGUCGACCUCAGGAGUUGCAGAAGAUUCUAGAUGCUCCAAAAGCAUAACCACAGAUGAAAGGAAUGAAAAUGGAUUGUCAUCUUCCCAUUGUAGAGAACAACUGCUAGGAAACAAACUCUGUAAUAAUAAUCACUUGUUACUUUGUGUAUCUCCAAACAUUCUUGUUCUUUCAAUGAAACAAGUAAAUAACAACUAUUAUCUUA